AUGCAACAAAAGGCAAAUGAGGUUGUGGAUAUUGGUGUUAGUGGUACUACUAAAAUGGAGACUGAAGAAUUGCCUGCACAGCCUCAGGGGGAACAAGACAGUUUAAAUGGACCUGCUGAAAAGAAAGGACCUGGUCCCUCAAGGGAAGAUUUGGAGUCUGCAGGAGUGUCUACCAUACAUGUUCCUUGGAAAGAAACCUCUCCUGAAAAAGAAGCCUUAUCAGAAGAGAAACCCGGUUCCUCCACUCCAUCUGAGAGGGUUAACUCUGAAAGAGACGAAGUUGACUCUGAUGGUGACAUUCCUAGAAAGGGGGAAUCUUGGAGAAAACACAUUGCUGAAAAGAAAUCUUCUGUAAAAACAAGAAAGAAACCUCCCACUACUAGGCAAAAGGCUCGGGCAAGACUAGACUCUGCCUUAAAGACCAACAAAGAGACGACCAGUAAGAAGAAAAAAAAGUUAGUUCUUUUGAAGAAUUUGAGUAAGUUAAGAGAUGAGGAGGAAGUGAUCUUUGUUUCUGACAAAGAAGAGGAAGAGGAGCACACUCCCUUGGUGAGGAAAAAUUCAAAAGGGAAGGGAAAAACAGUGGCUUCUGAGGAGCAAAGCAGACAUAAAGAAAUAAAGCGUUCCAAGGCCUCUGAGGAUGAACAAGAAGAACUCGUGACUAAGGGAAAGAAGGGACCUAGUUCCUCUAAAAAAAGAACAAGCACUGGCAAUGAAGACAGGUUCCACAAAGAAAAGGAAGAUCAAUGUGACAAAGGGACCUGGUACUUUAAGAAAGGCAAGCAACAACAAGCAAAUGUGCAAACAGAAGAAAUACUGGAGGAAGGAAGACCGUUCAACAUACGAGGUAAAAAAGUGUUGAUGGGGCGAGUGAUUGCUCCUGAGAUCAGUGAGCACCAAGCUUUGAAUGAUCUCAUGGAGGUACUUAAAUUUCAACAGUGGGAGCACUUGAUGGUCGGUCCCCUGGUAGUCUAUGAAUAG